UUAGCUACACGCCUGCAUCAACACGCGCGUGUCUUCAAGCCAAGAACAAUCACGAUGUCGAAUGAACCUAGACUCGACUUUCCCAUGCUUGACUCAACAGGCUCAGAUUACCACAGUUGGGUAACCGAUGUUGAGAACCAUCUCACUUCAAAGGGAAUAUUACCCAUAAUCCAGGCACCUAACCCGGAUCUUGUGUUCAUCAGAACAUCUGCAAAGAAUGCUCAAGCAGUUAUCUUGAUGCGACGUCAUAUGGACAAAGCACUCAGAUUGGAGUAUAUGUCGAUCAAGGAUGCAAGAGAGCUAUGGGUAGCGCUAGAAGAGCGUUUUGGCAAUGUCCAAGAUUCCCUCCUCCCUGACUUGAAAGUUCAAUGGAACAAUCUGCGCUUUGCUGACUUCAAGUCUGUUGCUGAAUAUAAUUCAGAGGCUCUUCGCUUACAAUCCAUGUUGCGAUUCUGUGGACAACCUGUCACAGAGCAAGAGCUAAUUGAGAAAACUCUCUCCACCUUCCCCGUCUCAGCCAUUGUGGUAUCAAAGCAAUACCGUACUGAGGUUAAUGCUGGACGGAUCACGAGGUUUCAUCAGCUUAUCAAUAUCAUAUCUGUAGCUGAGAAACAUGAUAACAUACUCGUGAGAAAUUAUAAUUCAAGGCCCAUUGGAACUAAGAGCGUUCAUGAGGCGAAUUAUAAUGCACCCAAAAGAGGGCGCAAGGAGCGAAACCCUAAUGAGGGACAUGAAGGACGUAUGGGUCCAUAUAACCGCCCUAAUAAGGAAGGAAACCGCAAGUUUGGUGCGGAUACACGUGGUGGCAAUGUCACACGUGGGGGAGAUGGUCGUGGUCGUGGUCAUGGUGGUUGCGCCAUGGCUCGUGGUGGAGGUACCAUGGGUCGUGGUGGUGGCACCAACCCUCCUAGGGAACGCCCACAACGUGCACAACGUGCACCUCAAUUAAAGGGAGGCAACCGCAAUGAUGAGUGUCAUCGAUGUGGAUCAAUUGAGCAUUGGUUCAAGCAAUGCAAGGCAAGUGAGGAACUAGCUGCAAGAUACAGGGCAUAUAGGGACCUGAGAGAGCAAGAAGUGUACCUUGCAGAAGAAGAAGAAGAUGGUGGAGAUGUCAAUCUCACCAUAGAGGACUUCAAAGCUGAAGAUGAAGUGCACAUGGAUGCAACAGACUUUGAUUAGAUUAGUCCUUUUUAUUUUUCCAAGAACUUUUGUAAUGGCAAUUUGCCUUAGUCAAUAAAUGACAAUUGUAUUAACUCUUUCUUAUGUGGCGGACCCAAUAAAAUGUGAUGUCUAGGAAAGUCAUUGAGAUUAUUGGUACUUAAGAGAGCCUCGCUCCACCAACAUCUCUCUCUACUUCCCUGGUCAUAUUUGAUUGGAGUUACCAAACGGAUAGAGUGACUACAAUGUGUCUUACUUUGAUUUUAUUUUGGAUUAGACUUUGGAAACUUUGAUGUAAUCAUUGGCUAUUAAUAAAGUGUCAAUUCUUUUA